AUGGCAGAAAGGGGGUCGGUGUCAGGAGCCAAGGAUAGCGUCAAGAAAAGUGCCAUGUUUCUCUGCCUCUCGAUCAUGGAUCUUAUAGGACAUCUACAAAGACAUCAAAGAACUCACACUGGAGACAAACCCUAUACAUGCCUGGAGUGUGGACAGAGCUUCACUCAGAGUGGAGACCUACGUUCCCAUCAAAGGAUUCACACUGGAGAGAAACCCUAUAAAUGUCCGGAGUGUGGACAGAGUUUCACUGAGAGUGGAAGUCUACGUAUACAUCAAAGGACUCACACCGGGGAGAAGCCCUUUAACUGCUUGGAGUGUGGGAAGAACUUUGCCCGCAGUGAAAACCUACGUUCACAUCAAAGAACUCACACUGGGGAGAAACCUUAUAAAUGCUUAGAGUGUGGAUGGAGCUUCACUGAGGGUGGAAGUCUACGUUCACAUCAAAGGAUUCACACUGGAGAGAAACCCUAUAAGUGCCUAGAAUGUGGACAGAGCUACACUCACAGUGGAAGUCUACGUUCACAUCAAAGGACUCACACUGGGGAGAAACCCUAUACAUGCCUGGAGUGUGGACAGAUCUUCACUCAUAGUAAUCUACGUUCACAUCAAAGGACUCACACUGGGGAGAAACCCUAUGAAUGCAUGGAGUGUGGAAAGAGCUUCACUGAGAGUGGACUUCUACAUAGACAUCAAAGGAUUCACACUGGCGAGAAACCUUAUAAAUGUCUGGAGUGUGGACAGAGUUUCACUGAGAGUGGACAUCUACAUAGACAUCAAAGGACUCACACUGGAGAGAAACCCUAUAAAUGUCUGGAGUGUGGACAGAGUUUCACUGAGAGUGGAAGUCUACAUAGACAUCAAAAGACUCAUAUUGGGGAGAAACCCUAUACAUGUUUGGAGUGUGGGAAGAGCUUUGCUCGCAAUGAAAACCUGCGUUCACAUCAAAGAACUCACACUGGGGAGAAACCUUAUAAAUGUCUGGAGUGUGGACGGAUUUUCACUGAGGGUGGAGACCUACGUAAACAUCAAAGGAUCCACACUGGGGAGAAACUCCAUACAUGCCUGGAGUGUGGAAAGAGCUUCACUCAGAGUGGAAAUCUACAUUCCCAUCAAAGGACUCACACUGGGGAGAAACCCUAUAAAUGCUUAGAAUGUGGACAGAGCUUCACUCAGAGUGGAAAUCUACAUACACAUCAGAGGACACACAGUGGGAAGAAACCCUAUAAAUGCCUGGAGUGUGGACAGAGCUUCGCCCAGAAGGGAAAUCUACGUUCCCAUCAAAGAACUCACACUGGGGAGAAACCCUAUAAAUGCUUAGAGUGUGGACAGAGCUUCACUCAGAGUGGAAAUCUACGUUCACAUCAGAGGACUCACUGGGGAGAAGCCCCAUGAAAGCAUGGAGUGUUGAAAGAGCUUCUGUGAGAGUUCAGACCUACAUAUAUAUAGAUUCUCACUGGAGACAAUAGUGGCAUUUGACCUAAAUGCCACUUUCCAAACUUUUCGUGUUGGUUACACACUCUUUAGACAUGCAUCCUUUCGUGACGUGGUAGUUCAGUUUAAGAAACCAGAGAUUAAACCAAUCCCAUAUAAGAUUGUCAAUAUGUAUAAUAUAAUAAUAUAUAGAGAUAGGUUUCAUAUACUCUUUUUGUAUAUACAAUUCUUUUGUGGUUUCCUCUAUAGCCGCUCGAUGUGGUUUGCUCAUCACAAGGGGUUUUAUUUUCUUAAUUAGAAAUAUAUCAACUUUGUAGUAAUUA